AUGUGGAUCUGCCUCCGUCUCCAAGAGUUUAGCAAGCGGGAGAAAACCUGGGUCAUGGUCAAGUUGACGGGUCUGCGGCCCAAUCCGACGCGAUAUUUCAGGGGCAGACACAUACCCGUUGCGACGACAGAAGUGAUCCACCGUGCAUCCACUCUUCACAUUUUGACAACGCAGAUAUUGCGUCCCCAGUUCAUGUUCAAGGACGUUGCGCUAGCAAACUUUGUGAUUGGCCACGAUCCCGGCAAGUCUGGGUUUGCGGGCCGGGGGAAACUUAGCACCUCAAUUGACACAACGGCCAAUUUGCCGAUCUGGUUUGGGCGCAACGCUUUGCUAUGGGGCCCCAGGAAACUCGAACUUGGUCCCAAGCACGGCCAAGAUGAGCAAUAUCGAAGUCUUACUUUCCUCGGUUCAGGGUUUCCUGGGUCCUGGGGUUAG